CUGUCAAACUGUCAAGAGUUGUUUGACGUGGUGAAAAAGGGGGUAUAUUUUGCGUGGAAAAGGCUGCAAAAUUAGGGUGAAAAUUGGUGGUUUCCACGAGAGGAAGUCAUGCAGAAGUACGAGAAGCUGGAGAAGAUAGGCGAGGGGACUUAUGGAACGGUGUUCAAGGGAAAGAAUCGCGACACCCUCGAAAUUGUGGCCCUGAAACGCGUUCGCCUGGAUGAGGAUGACGAGGGCGUUCCCAGUUCUGCCUUGAGGGAGAUUUGUCUGCUGAAGGAGCUGAAACACAAGAACAUCGUUCGCCUGUAUGACGUCCUGCACUCAGAUAAGAAACUAACGCUUGUGUUUGAGCACUGCGAUCAGGAUCUCAAGAAAUACUUCGACAGCCUGAACGGAGACAUCGACCUGGACGUGGUGAAGAGCUUCAUGUACCAGCUUCUGCGCGGCCUGGCCUUCUGUCACAGUCACAACGUCCUCCAUCGCGAUCUUAAGCCACAGAAUCUGCUCAUCAACAAGAAUGGCGAACUAAAGCUGGCGGACUUCGGCCUGGCCAGAGCCUUUGGAAUCCCCGUCAAGUGCUACUCCGCCGAAGUGGUUACACUCUGGUACCGUCCGCCGGACGUUCUGUUCGGCUCGAAGCUCUACACCACGAGUAUCGACAUGUGGUCGGCGGGAUGCAUAUUCGCGGAACUCGCCAAUGCCGGACGGCCUCUGUUCCCGGGUUCCGAUGUCGUGGACCAGCUCAAGCGGAUCUUCAAGCUGCUGGGCACACCCACUGAGGAGACGUGGCCCGGUGUCACGCAGCUGGCGGACUACAAACCCUUCCCGCUCUACCACUUGACCACAUCCUGGAGCCAAGUGGUGCCCAGACUGAACUCCAAGGGGCGCGACCUGCUGCAAAAGUUGCUCGUGUGUCGGCCCAACAUGAGAAUAAGCGCUGAACAGGCCAUGGCACAUCCCUACUUCAGUUCCAACUGAGUCUUUCCCCAGUUUACGUGUAUCUUUACUGAUAGGCUCUAUAUUUUACUAUUUAAUCGAGUAUUUAUGGCAUUUCCUGGCAAUGUACCAAAUAUUUGUAAUACCUAAGACGUGUCUGAUUAAAGUCCCUUUUGAUCCUUAAUUGGCUUUCAUUGAACUGGAAAUUAUGGACAGAAAUAGAGAGACCUCAAGUGUAGGUAUGUAUGUAUAUAAAAAGUCAUUUAAUAAUUUCUUAAUCGUCUUUAGAUGCACUUGAAAAUCUGCAAAGUCUGACUAAACCCGCAUUGCUGAUGGUUUAUCGCGAAAGAAUGAAAUCAACCCUGAAAAUGCACUUAGUUUCGCAGCGGAUUUUCUGUAAUUACGUUUUUCAUGUGAAAAAUAUACUCCUCAGCGUCACGCAAUGCGAUUUGUGAAAUACUUUCACAAUCCUAACAAUUAUUGAAUUAGCACGAUUGUUCUUCACUCUGAUUGCAAUCAUCAAAGAAUGAUUUAUGCGCUUGAUGAGGCGCGCGAACAUUGCGAAGACAAGAGUCUGAGGAUUUUUAUAUAGUGGCUAAAACGCUUUUAUUUCCGAUUUUUACAUCACACAUAAAAUGACAUACACAUUAAGUUGUUUUUAAAUAUAAUAUUAUCAUUAUUAUAAUUAUUUCAAAUUGUUUUAAGUGUUUCCUUUUAUUAUUUUUUCUUCCUUUUUAAAUUUAAUCCUUAUGUAAUGCUUUAUAUUAGUUUUCUCUCAUCUUUUUUUUUACUUUUUUCAGUAGUUCUCUCAUGCUUUAGCUUUUUUCCGUUACAGUAAUAAUGAUUAUAUAAAAAGCUUCUUGAUGUUCUUUUCUUUGUUGGGUUUCUUUUUUUUCUCUACCUUCACCUAAUAUCCUUCCUUAUAAGUUUGGUUUAUUUGGUGUUGUUUAUUUUUUCUUUAUUCCUUUCUCAAAAAAUGAUUACUAUAUAAUUUUUAUCUCUUCAUUUUCUCUUUAUCAUUAUAUAAU